UGCUGCAGCAGUUAUUAUGAUCAUAAUUUUAGACUAUGAUAUUAUGAUAAUAAUUUUAGACUAUGAACAAGUAAAACUAGCCGUUAGGAUCAUUAAGAAAUUUUGCAACAUUUGACUCAUUCUACCUCAAACCUCAAACUUGAACCUUAAACCCCACCACCAACAACAACUUUUCUUCACUCACAUGUCCUUCUCUCUUUUCACUCUCCACUUCCCUUCUUGUGUUAUUUAGAUCCUCCCCUUUGUUCUUCAUUGUACUACACUACUACCACUACUACUAUUAUCUGCUUUAAGAAGUGAGAAACCCAAAAAGAGAGAGUGCAAGUGGAACCUGUUCGUGUCUUACUUUUUUUUUCUUUCUUUUGCUUAGCCAUUGUUUGUUAUAAGUUCCCACUUACUUACCACUUUCAUGGGACACAACAACACUUGUCAUCAUCAUGUCAAAGGUUUCCACGCAGACCCUUUUAGCCAUAGCCUCUCUUCUGCUUCAAAUGGUGGUGAUAGGAGAAGAAAAUGUGGGAACAAUGAAAAAAGUGGUGGUAGUGGUUUCAUUUUCUUACCCUUUUUUCUGUUUCUUUUGAUUUCCACUUCCACCAUUCAGCAUGUUUCAGGCCACUUGUGGGAUGGGGUGGUUGUGACUCAGGCUGAUUUUCAAGCCCUUAGGGCUAUUAAGAAUGAGAUCAUUGACAUCAGAGGGGUGUUGAAAAGCUGGAAUGACAGUGGUGUAGGUGCUUGUUCAGGAGGUUGGGCUGGAAUCAAGUGCGUGAAUGGUGAGGUUAUUGCAAUUCAGCUUCCUUGGAGAGGGUUGGGUGGCAGAAUCUCUGAGAAAAUUGGCCAACUUCAGUCUCUUAGGAAGCUCAGUCUCCAUGACAAUGCUCUUGGUGGUUCAGUUCCUUUCACCCUUGGUUUGCUUCCUAACCUUAGAGGAGUUUAUCUCUUCAACAACAAGCUUUCAGGUUCUAUCCCUCCUUCCCUGGGAAACUGUCCAAUUCUUCAGUCUCUGGAUAUUAGCAACAAUUCCCUCAGUGGUAAAAUCCCUCCUAGUUUAGCAAGAUCUUCUAGGAUAUUCAGGAUCAAUUUGAGCUUCAACUCACUUUCCGGAUCCAUUCCUAGUAGUCUCACUAUGUCUCCUUCUCUAACCAUUCUUGCACUUCAACACAACAAUCUCUCUGGUUUUAUCCCAGAUUCUUGGGGUGGAACUGGAAAGAAGAAAGCUUCCCAGCUUCAAGUUUUGACCCUUGAUCACAAUCUUAUUUCUGGAACCAUUCCUGUUUCUCUAGGGAAGCUUGCUUUGCUUGAAAAUGUUUCUUUGAGUCAUAACCAGAUUGUAGGGGCUAUUCCAAGUGAGCUAGGUGCACUUUCCAGGCUUCAGAUUCUUGAUUUAUCAAACAAUGCCAUUAAUGGAAGCCUUCCUGCUAGCUUCUCUAACCUCUCCUCUCUUGUUUCAUUGAAUCUAGAAAGCAAUCAACUUGCAAACCAUAUUCCAGAUUCUAUGGACAGGUUGCACAACCUUUCCGUGCUUAACCUGAAGAACAAUAAGCUUGAUGGCCAAAUCCCACCAUCACUUGGGAACAUCUCAAGCAUUAUCCAAAUUGAUUUCUCUGAGAAUAAAUUAGUUGGAGAAAUCCCAGAUUCCCUUACCAAACUUGCAAAACUCACUUCAUUCAAUGUCUCUUACAACAACCUAUCUGGUACUGUCCCAUCUCUACUUUCCAAAAGAUUCAAUGCUACCUCUUUUGAAGGGAAUCUUGAGCUAUGUGGAUUCAUCAGUUCAAAACCAUGUUCUUCACCUGCUCCUCAUAAUCUUCCAGCUCAAUCACCACAUGCUCCUCCGAAGCCGCAUCACCGCAAACUAAGCACCAAAGACAUAAUCCUCAUAGUUGCAGGUAUUCUCUUGUUGAUUCUGUUAGUACUGUGCUGCUUCUUGCUGUGUUGUUUGAUCAGAAGAAGAGCUGCUUCAAGCAGAAAGAGUAGCAAGACUGCUAAGGCUGCAGCAUCUGCCAGGGGUGUUGAGAAAGGUGCCUCAGCUGGUGGUGAAGUUGAAUCAGGAGGUGAAGCUGGUGGGAAACUAGUUCACUUUGAUGGCCCUUUUGUGUUUACUGCUGAUGAUCUUUUGUGUGCAACUGCGGAGAUAAUGGGAAAAAGUGCAUUUGGGACAGCAUACAAAGCAACACUAGAAGAUGGUAACCAAGUUGCUGUGAAGAGGUUGAGGGAAAAGACCACUAAAGGGCAGAAGGAGUUUGAAACUGAGGUUGCUGCACUUGGCAAAAUCAGACACCCAAAUCUCUUGGCACUUAGAGCCUACUAUUUAGGACCAAAAGGAGAGAAGCUUCUUGUGUUUGAUUACAUGACCAAAGGAAGCCUAGCAUCAUUCCUUCAUGCUCGAGGGCCUGAAAUUGUUAUUGAAUGGCCAACAAGGAUGAAGAUAGCAAUGGGAGUCACUCACGGCUUGAGCUACCUCCACAGCCAAGAGAACAUCAUACACGGGAACCUCACAUCAAGCAACAUACUAUUGGAUGAGCAAACAGAAGCUCACAUAACAGAUUUUGGCCUCUCAAGGCUGAUGACAACUUCUGCCAACACCAACAUCAUUGCCACCGCAGGAAGUCUUGGCUACAACGCACCAGAGCUUUCAAAGACCAAGAAGCCUACCACAAAGACUGAUGUGUACAGCCUUGGUGUCAUCAUGCUGGAGCUCCUGACCGGGAAACCGCCCGGGGAGCCAACCAAUGGCAUGGACUUGCCACAAUGGGUGGCAUCCAUAGUGAAGGAAGAGUGGACUAAUGAAGUGUUUGAUUUGGAGCUCAUGAGGGAUGCACCAGCCAUAGGAGAUGAAUUGCUUAACACAUUGAAGUUAGCAUUGCAUUGUGUGGAUCCUUCUCCUGCUGCUAGGCCUGAAGUUCAUCAAGUUCUACAGCAAUUGGAGGAGAUUAAACCAGACUUAGCUUCAGGGGAUGAUGAUGGAGCUAAGGCCCAAGAAACUGAGUAAAGAGAAUUGAUUCUGAGUGUGUGUGUGUGUGUGUUAAGGAAGGAGAUUAUUUUUAUUCAUUUACUUUAAUUACUAGAGAAAGGAUAUAUGUUUUAAUUCUUUAUUUAUUUGUUCAUUGAGUUUAUGUAUAUAUACGAGCAAGGAUUUUGUUUUACACUAUGUAUUCUUUUUAACUUGGAGAAAUAAUGUAUGUUUUCAAUAUUUGUUAAA